UACGAAAUUAUGAGUCUGAAAACCAGCAAUUAGGCAAAGGUUCCUUCUUUAACAAGAUAUCACUAACACUAGUGAAUGCCUAUUGACAGAAGAGAAAAAGAAAGGGAGUGACCAGUGAGGUGACAGAGCUCUGAGGCUGCGUGUCUGUCAAAUUCCAAUGGCGAUGACCCACGAGUGGAAACACAGUAAAAACUUCAUGCUCACCAUGAAUGUUAAGGAAGAAGAACUCUCUGACCCUGAGUAUGUUCCACAAGAAAAUGAAGAAGAAGAAGAAGAAGAAGAAGAAGACUAUUUGAGUGUUUCCCAGUUUUCUCUCCGCAGCCGCCGAAGAACCCAUCAUUCUUCCCUUUCGGUAAAGCCGAGGGAGCCAUGGAAGACCAAGAAAAAUGUGCUCAACACUCGAAGAAGUCCUUUAAGUCCGACCCAUAUGACCAAGCGAAAAGUUCCUGGGGAUCCUCGGAAGCAUGGAGGCUGUAAACGGAAGAGAACCAUGUUUGAUAAUUUUAACGAACAUGAAAAGUCUUCUGCCAGCACCCAAGUUGAGGAGAUCCAGGCAAUUCUUGGAGCUGAAUACCCCAUCGUUAUUAAGUCUAUGAUACAUUCAAAUGUUUCCUCUUGGAAUUGUCUGACACUGCCGAAGCAAUUCUGCCAUUUGCAUUUACCAUUGCAUAAUACAACAUUAACCCUGGAAGUCGAAAGUGGGGAAAAAUAUAGAAUUAUUUUUCUUGCCGGCAAGAGGAUACUAAGUGCUGGAUGGAAAAAGUUUUGUACUGCACACAAGUUACGAGUUGGUGAUCUCUUAGUUUUACGUUUGGUCAGGCCUUUGAAGUUUAAGGUGUACAUAAUGGGAAGACAUAAUCUAGCUGAAGUAGAUGCAGCUUUUAGCCUCUUGAAAUUGAAUGCCUGCGCCAAACAUGAAGUGCUUGAGGAAAACCAUCCAAAGCCUCUUUCAAGUGAUGUUUGCCAAGGCAACAUUCGAAAGACAAGUCUGAUGUUAGAUACUAAGCCUGAGCUUAUAGAUAAUCAAACUGAGGAAGACAAUGAGGAAUUUGGCUCCAAAUUUCCAGGAGGCAUUAGAUAUCCAGUACCAGCAGCUGAUUUCGAAGAUGUUAUAAGUAUUGAGAAUUUCACCAUUCUUGUGAAUGGUGUGACUAUAGAUUCUUGGCUUUCCAAACAGCUCAGGACUAACUAUUACGAUCUAUGCUGCUCACGAGGUUCAUUUCUGCAUGAUCAUCUCCUCAAAAGUAUUAACAGUAAGUUGGCUGCUGAAAUAAUAACUGAAACUACUAACAUUGCUAAUGCCAUUAGAGCUCGCAAGCUGUCCGCCUCUCAUACUGAUUACGAAAUGUGGGAGAAGACUUUAAAUGCCUUUGAGCUGUUGGGUAUGGAUGUUGGAUUCUUAAAUGCACAACUGGAGCGGCUUCUGAGUCCCUCCUUCAGAUCAGAAGAGGCUGUGGAAUUAAAGAGGAUAGAAGCUAAAGUUGAGCAAAUUUGUGCAGGGGGGAGAUGAGAGCUCUUGACUAAAGGUUUUUGGAAUUGAAAGAGAUGAUGGUAAGUUUUGAUGCCAAGAUAGAGGCUUUACAAGAAAUUUACGAAAGGCUUGAGUUUAUCUUCCAGGAAGAGGUUGAUGCUCCAUGGUGAGUAGAAAUAUACUUUAGCUACAAUUGGCAUAUAGUUUUAGGACAUGACCUGGAGAAUCGAAAAAGAAAAUACACACACACACACACAAAAGACCCUUAGGCUUUGGAAGAACACUUUGCCUUGCUAAUGCUAAGAUGUUUUUUUUGUUCUUGAAGAAGUAGAUCUAGGGAUUCCACAUAAGUUGGUUGUAACUUGUAAUACAUAUGCCCAGCAUUAUAAUAAA